AUGUCUUUAGAGGUCACCCCGGCCACACACUGUGGUAGAGGCCCAACCCGGAAUAGAUUCCCGUAUCACCUCUGGAGGCCGGCAGCCUCUCUGGGUAAAACGCUGGGAGUUGAUGACCAAGCAGUUUCAGAAGUGAACCAUCCAGCAAAUUUAAAAAGAUACAGUCUCAACUCCGCGGACGUGGGAUUUAUCCCGUUGCACAAAAAAGGGCGAUUGUCUGUUCCAAGGGAGAAUAACAUGGUUUUGCAAGAACUUCUUGAAAACAUAGAGAGGCAGGUUAACCGCCUUUGUGAAAUUGUUUCACGAAUGCAGCAUUCUUUGGAGAAAUCAUUGUCACUAAACGAUGGAGAUUGUAACCCAACUAUUCCAGUGGAAAGGCAAGAAAACGGUGCCGAGAUCAACCCUGUAGGAACAUCUCUUCAGUCAGCAGCACUUCCUAAACUGCAGGAGCCAGUUCUCACGGAAAGUCCACCACUUCCCAAAAUUGUCUCCUCAUAUUCAUUACAGCCAUGUCUCACACCAGGCAGCCCGUUUUCUGAUCCUGGUGUUCCAUCCUUUUUCAGCGAAGGUGCCGAAAGUACCAACAGUGUUAUCUCACCUGCCCAGGCUAAUCUAGCAGUACCUACAGCAGUUCUCCCACAGGGAGAACCCAGUCUGGCAGACACCCCUAAGACACCCUCAACUAUAAUGGAAAAUAAUAGCGUGAGCCCAGACACUGCCUUGCCACCUCGCUGCAUCCUUCCCAAUUCUGUCAAGGAUAGUUUCCCCAGUGUAGAAUUUGUGAAUGAAAGUUCUUGUAUUGUAGCCCUUGAAAACUUUUUAUUUACAGAAAUGCCAGGAAAAGAAGAAAUCAGCCUUGAAAACAGCACAGAAUCAGUGCAUUACCCAACUUUAUUCAGAAAUGACAGUGGCCAAGAUACUGCUUCUUCGUCUAUCUUCAUCCCUCUCAAUUUUACGGUUGAAAAAUUCAUCCUUAUAGAAAUGCCAGGAAAAGCAGAAAACAACCUGGAAAACAGCUCUCAGACAAUGUAUUACCCAGCUUUAUUGGGAAAUAUCAGUGGCCCAGAUACUAAUUCUUCAUCUUAUUCGGUUCCAACCAAUUUUGCACUUGAAAAAGUUAUACUUAUAGAAACGCCGGGAAAAGCAGAAGCCAGUGUGGAAAACAGCUCUCAGACAAAUUCAGUGGGAAAUGACAGUGGCCCAGAUACUGCCUCGUCAACUCACUACAUUCCACACAAUUUUGACAGGUCUUUUCUUUCAGCACUUUUACCUAUGGAAAUAUUGAUGAAAGCAGAAAAUAACAUGCAAAAGAGUCCUGAAACAAUGAAUUACCCAACUGUAUUGAAAAAUGACAAUAGCCAAAACCCCUCCUCGUCAUCUUUCUGCAUCCCUUCCAAUUUUGGAUAUCUUGGUGAUCCAAAAAGAAAUGUCAGGAUACUUGAUAUUCAUUUGAUGACUGCACAAAAGAAGACCAAACCUAACCUUGCAGCCCGCUACUUGGUUCGUAUUUUGUUCUCCAAAGAAACCCUGAUGAGUAGCUCUGUAAGUGUCAAUUCCAAAGGCCGCCAACCCCUGGAUCCAAACAAAAUGGCUGCAAUAAGAGAAUAUCUGGCAGCAGUUUUUCCCAACCAUGAUUUGCGUGAACAUGGAAAAGACUGGCAAGCCUGUAUUUCCGAUAUCAAUGCUCUCAUCUGGCAUUUAUGUUUUGAAGCCAAAAGAAAACUCCAGAAAACUGUUGACAACAAUAAAGACCCUACCAACCCCGAUAGACCAACGUCUGCAGAUUCAAAUGAUAAAAGGAAUGGUUCUGGUGGUGAAAGUAGUUCCCAGUUAUCUCAGCAAGCAGCUGUCUCAGAAACAAGAGAAAAUGGGAAUUCUCAGCAGAACAUCAGUGCUCUCCCUGAGGGAAUUAAAGAACCUUCCACUGAUAAUUCAAUGGUAUCUUAUGAAACACUGGAAUAUCUUGGAAAUCCAUGUAGAAAUAUACAGUUGCCAAAACUGGUACUGAAUAUAGCAAAACAGAAGUCUUGCCCAGAGCUGUCAGCCAGAUACCUUAUUCGCAACCUGUUCACAGAGGAAAUCCUGAUACAAAGUAACGUCUAUGGCACGUUGGGGCGUGGCGUGUUCGCCCUUGACUCCAAUAAGAUUAAUGCUCUCCGAGAGUUUCUCCAAGACAUCUACCCGGCUUCUGAUCUAUCGGAAACUGGACGUGACUGGAAAUUGUGUGUGACAGCUAUCAAUAGUUGUAUCCGUAGUCUUAGAUAUCACCUCAGGAAUUCUACAUCUAAAUCACAGUCGCCUCCGACAACGACCUCGUGA